AUGAGCAAGCGAAUAACCUGGCAUUUUAAUCCGCCGUUGACACCUCAUUUCGGGGGUAUAUGGGAGGCGGCUGUAAAAUGUUUCAAGCAUCACUUUAAACGCGUCGUGGGAGAUCUUAUGUUUACGUACGAGGAACUCACUACUUUCGCAAUCGAAAUCGAAGCGAUCUUAAAUUCGAGGCCCUUGUGUCCGAUUUCGUCAGAUCCUAAUGAUCCAAUUGCCUUAACACCUGCACACAUUUUAAUUGGUCGACCUUUCACCCUGUUACCCGAAACCGAUUACUCGACUGUUUCAGAGAAUCGUUUAUCUACCUGGCGACUUAUCACCAAGACGCGUCAGAAUUUUUGGAGACGAUGGUACGUCGAGUAUCUAAACGAACUUCAGAAACGCCAAAAAUGGCUAAAGACAGACAUCAACUUAAAGCCUAACGACAUGGUCAUCAUCAUGGAUAAAAAUCAACCUUGUAUGCGGUGGCAGUUGGGUCGGAUUGUGGACGUUCAUCCUGGAAACGACGGUGCCGUCAGAGUCGCCACUGUGCGAACAGCCAACGGCACAUUUCAACGAAAUGCGACACUAUUGUGUCCUCUUCCGAAUACGACAUAA